AUGGCCUCCUACGACCCCGCCGACCCUGAGAUGCAGUAUCUUGCUGUGGACCGCAAGAAGCUGCUGAAGGAGCAGAACCAGUCCUUCGAUGCCAAGAAAUCUUGCUGGGCGCCCGACGAGGAGCAAGGCUUCAUUUCCGCAGAAAUACAGAGCACAUCAGGGGACGAUGUAACAGUUCUCCUAGUUGACUCCAAGCAGACGAAGACGUUCAAGAAGGAUGACAUCCAGUCGAUGAACCCUCCCAAAUUCGAGAAGAUCGAGGACAUUGCUAACAUGACCUUUCUCAACGAGGCCAGCGUUUUGCAUAACCUCAGAGCUAGAUACACAUCUGGUCUGAUCUAUACCUAUUCGGGCCUGUUCUGUAUCGCCAUCAACCCCUACCGCCGUCUCCCCAUUUACACCCCGUCCAUCGUGGCCAAGUACAGAGGCAAGAGGAAGACCGAGAUGCCUCCUCACUUGUUCUCCAUCUCUGACAACGCCUACCAGUUCAUGGUUCAGGAUCGUGAAAACCAGUCUAUGUUGAUUACUGGCGAGUCUGGCGCCGGGAAGACUGAGAACACCAAGAAAGUCAUCGCCUACUUCGCCUUUGUCGCCGCCGCUUCUAAGGGAGAAGGGGAGCAAGAGGACAAGAAGGGCUCCCUCGAGGAUCAGAUCGUGCAGGCUAAUCCUGUUCUUGAGGCCUAUGGUAACGCCAAGACAUCCCGUAACAACAACUCCUCCAGAUUCGGUAAAUUUGUCCGAAUUCAUUUUGCCUCCUCUGGGAAAAUUGCUGGUGCUGACAUUGAAACUUACUUAUUGGAAAAGUCCCGUGUCACCUACCAACAGUCUGUGGAGAGAAACUACCACAUCUUCUACCAGAUGUUGUGUGGAGCUUUGCCAUCAGUUACAGAAACGAUUCUAGCCAAACCUGACGCUGGGUUGUUCACCUUCAUUAACCAGGGAGUCCUUACUGUCAAUGGAAUCGACGAUGUGGAAGAAAUGAAGAUGACUGAUGCUGCCUUUGAUGUUUUGGGAUUCACCGCUGAGGAGAAAACCAGCGCCUACAAGUGCACUGGCUCUAUCCUCCACAUGGGUGAGAUGCAGUUCAAGCAGAAGGGAGAACAGGCUGAAUCUGAAGGAACUGCUGAGGCUGAGAAGGUUGCUCUUCUGUUGGGUGUCAACUGUGGUGACUUCCUGAAGGCUCUGUGUAAACCCAAGAUCAAGGUGGCCAUGGAUUAUGUCACCCAAGGACGAACCAAGAAUCAAGUUCUCUACUCUAUCGGUGCUUUGGCCAAGUCCCUCUAUGAUCGUGUGUUCAACUGGCUGGUGAAAAGAGUCAACCACUCCCUGGACACCAAGAAACCGAGGCAGUUCUUCAUUGGUGUGCUGGAUAUUGCAGGCUUCGAGAUCUUUGAUUUCAACAGCUUCGAACAGCUGUGUAUCAACUACACCAACGAGCGACUGCAGCAGUUCUUCAACCACCACAUGUUUGUGCUGGAGCAGGAAGAAUACAAGAAGGAAGGCAUCCAGUGGGAGUUCAUCGACUUUGGCAUGGACUUGCAGGCCUGCAUUGAGCUCAUUGAGAAGCCUCUUGGCAUCCUGUCCAUCUUGGAGGAAGAGUGCAUGUUCCCCAAAGCAUCAGACAAGACCUUCAAGGACAAACUAACUCAGAACCACAUGGGCAAAUCUCCCAACUUCCUGAAGCCCAGCAAAUCUAUGAAGGGAGGUGCACAUGGUGACUUCGCCCUGAAGCACUACGCUGGUACAGUUCCCUACAACAUUGGAGGCUGGCUGGAGAAGAACAAGGACCCUGUCAACGAGACCAUUGUGGAUCUCCUGAAACAGUCUAAAGAACCACUCGUCCAGCUGCUGUUCUCCCCACCAGCAGGAGAAUCUGCUGAAGCCAGUGGUGGAAAGAAGAAGAAGAAGAGCUCUGCCUUCCAGACAAUAUCUGCUACACACAGGGAAUCACUGAACAAACUGAUGAAGAAUCUGUACUCCACACAUCCUCACUUUGUGCGCUGCAUCAUCCCCAACGAGACCAAGACGCCAGGUUUGAUUGACGCUGGUCUUGUGCUCCACCAACUGCAAUGUAACGGCGUCCUUGAAGGUAUCCGUAUCUGCAGAAAGGGCUUUCCCAGCAGGAUAAUCUACUCAGAGUUCAAACAGAGGUAUUCGAUCUUGGCACCAAAUGCCAUCCCUGAAGGAUUUGUUGAGGGAAAGGUAGUGUCUGGCAAGAUUUUAGAAGCCCUGGAGAUGGGACAGGAUGAAUACCGUCUUGGCAACACUAAAGUCUUCUUCAAGUCUGGAGUCCUUGGUUACUUGGAAGAGAUCCGUGACGAAAGGCUGUCGGUGAUUGUUGCUCUGUUCCAAGCUCACAUUCGUGGAUACCUUAUGAGGAAAUAUCUGAAGAAUCUCCAUGACAAGAGAGUUGCACUGGAACUUAUCCAGAAGAACAUCCGUAAGUGGCUUGCCAUGAGGAACUGGUGUUGGUGGAGAUUCUAUACCAAGGUCAAGCCACUCCUCAGUGUUGCUGCUGCUGAAGAUGAGAUGAAACAGAAGGAGGAGGCACUUGGAAAAACAAAGGGUGAACUCGAGAAAGUGGCGCAGAGGUGCAAGGAGCUCGAGGAACAGAGCGUGACCUUAACAGAAGCCAAGAACAACUUGUUCCUACAGGUUCAAACUCAACAGGAUACCAUUGAUGACUGUGAAGAGAGGAUUGAGCAGCUUCUGAAGCAAAAGGAAGAAACUGAUGUCCAAAUGAAGGAACUGAAUGACCGUGUAUUAGAGGAAGAAUCUAACAAUGCCAUGCUGACCGAAAAGCAAAAACAGAUGGAGACGGAAAUCUGUGGCCUCAAGACAAAUAUGGAUUCCCUUGAGGACGCAGUGGCAAAGAGUCAACAUGACAUCAAAGCGAAAGAUUCGCAAAUCAGAUCUCUCACAGAUGAAACUACACAGUUGGGAGAAACUGUUACAAAGCUCACAAAGGGGAAGAAGGACGCUGAAGAUCAACUUACUAAGACCAAAUCAGACCUGGAGACAGAGGAGGCAAAAUGUGCAAAUCUCAACAAAUUAAGGCAGAAACUUGAGGGUGUUAUUGGAGAGCUUGAAGACAGUUUUGAACAUGAAAAGAAGGUGCGUGGAGAUGUGGAAAAGGCCAAGAAAAAGCUUGAACAGGACUUGAAGGUCUCCCAGAGUAACUGUGAAGAUCUGAAUAGUUUGAAGACAGAUGCAGAGGAAACGAUAAAGAAAAAACUGAAGGAAAUCACGGGGCUCAUGUCUCUGUUGGAGGAGUCUGAGACACAUGGUAACCAACAACAGAAGAAGAUCAAAGAUCUCCAGAAUAACCUCGAUGAGUGCCAGGAACAACUUGAAUCGGAAAGACAGUCAAGAUCAAAGGUGGAGAAGCAGAGAACACAUUUAGCCAAUGAACUGGACAACAUGACACAGAGCCUUGAAGAGGCCAACUCCACAAUUACUUCACAGUCGGACGUUAUCAAGAAGCGUGACACGGAGAUUCAAAAACUGAAACACGACAUGGAAGAGGCAUCAUCCCAGCAUGAGUCUCAGGUUGCCAACUUCCGCAAGAAGCAGAAGGAUGCCAUGACUGAGAUGAAUGACCAGAUGGAACAACUUCAGAAGGUCAAACAAAGGUUGGACAAGGAAAAGAACCAACUAAAGGCUGACGUUGAUGAUCUCCAAAGGCUAGAACAUGCUAAGCAAAAUAAGGGAUGUUCCGGCGUGAUGUCCAAGCAGAUGCAAACCCAAAUGGCUGAGCUGAAUACACAGGUUGAAGAAGCAUCCAACCAGAUCAGCGACCUGCAGACAGAGAAGAACAAAUACAUGGCUGAGGCAGCUGACCUUACCCGUCAGUUGGAGGAGACUGAAAACCGAAUUGGAAAGCUCAGCAAGGAGAAGUCUUCUCUGUGUGCCCAAGUAGAAGAGAUGAAACGUUCCUCUGAUGAUGAACAGAGAGUGCGUCAGCGACUCCAGACUGAGAUAAGGAACAUGAACACUGAAAUGGUCAGCCUCAGGGAACAGCUUGAGGAGGAACAGGAGGCCCGAGCAGCUCUACAGCGCCAACUGUCUAAGUCCAACCAGGAGAUGCUUCAGUGGAGAUCCAAGUAUGAGACAGAAGGCACUGUCAGGGUAGAAGAGCUGGAGGAGUCCAGACGCCGAAUGCAGAUCAAACUUAACGAAGCGGAGCAAAAUCUGUCUGCCGCACUUGCAAAGGCCAGUUCGUUUGAGAUGACCAAAGCUAAAAUGGUUAGAGAUCUGGAGGAUGAGUUUGAGAAGGAACAGAUGCGACAUGCUGAGUGUGUCAAGAACUGUCGUCAAUACGAACGUCGUGUGAAAGAGAUGACUUACAAGGUGGACGAAGACAAGAAGACCAUUGACAAACUGCAGGACAUCGUUGACAAGCAGAGCGGUCAGAUGAAGACAUACAAGUCCCAGGUGGCAGAUGCUGAGGAGAUGGCGACCACGAACAUGAACAAAUACCGCAAGGUGAAACAGGAGCUAGAGGAUGCUGAAACCAGGGCCAGCAUGGCUGAAGAAACCAUGGCCAAUUACAGCAGGAAGACUCGUACCUACACCGUCUACUCCGACACAUCGUAUUAAGUCAUGGUCAAACCAAGAAAAUCUAAUGGCAAUCGCCAGUUUUGAAAGUCAGUGCGUUAUCGGGAUGCAUCAAAAGACUGAAUAUAGCACGGUGUGAUUCCGUUUGAGAAGUUUGGGAUUUUCUAAUACUAUCUUUACUUUCUAAAUGGUCUGCUUGUAUCAUAUGUAAUAAAAUAUUUAUUAGUGCAA